AAAGUAAUCGAGUAGCAACAGCAACCAUAACAUGAAGCUCUGGGAGGACCCGUUCAGCCUGGUCGAUCGAUGAGAAUUCAACAUCCACACGGCCUUCCCUAACAAUACCAGUCUUUCAUUUCAAAACAUCUCUCAAAAUGACUCGCCAAGUCAAUCUACGGCCAUGUAAUUUGCGGACAUCACUUGUAAACCUGCCGCCCAUAUUGUCAUCUCAGCUGUCUUCGCAAGGGAUUUUACCACAAUCAGUAGGAAUCGAGUUAAGGCAGAUCGGUAGAUCGAGUUCCAAGGAGUCGGAUAGAUCUCUUUACGUCGGAUGGAGUGGAUUGACCGCAUCGCUAAAUAAUGAACGCUUUCCCAAAUCCAGGAGCUCUUCGCAGAGACAAAAUCCAGGUCUCUGGGGAAGCUCUACCCUCAAGAAUGGACUGGAAUUCAUAGAGUCCUUGGAGUUGGACGAGGCACUAGCUAGCGAGAUGGGCUGGAAGCAGAAUGAUCGGCUGUCAAUCAAGUUUCACCACCACGGCAUGACUCAUGCCACUACUGUCAAUGUCGAGCCUCUCACGAUUGACGAUUGGGAAAUUCUGGAGUCCAAUCCACAAUAUCUCGAAGAAAACAUCCUCAAACAAAUUCGGGUACUAGUCGAAUCACAAAAGUUAUUGAUCUGGGUGUAUGACAAGACGUUAGUUCAAGUGAAAGUCACAUCGGUCUUGCCGCCCUCAAGUAAUUCCAAGACCGAUCGUCCCGCCGCCCCCUAUCUGAUCACCAAUGAAACUGAAAUCAUAGUCUCUCCAAAAACUCGUUUUGAUCCAUCGGUUCAAGACUCGGCGCAGCAAAAUCAAAUCUUAGGCGAUGCUAAAGGUGUAGAGACUACAACAUCCAAGGAGAGAAACCCCCUGACCAAGAAGAUCGAUUUCAAAAUUCUUCCUCAGGCGUUUUCACUUGUUCUGGGGACCGAAGAUUCUGCAGAACCGACCCCCGCCCCCGAUACUACAUCGAAGAAGCCUAAUCAGAGCAAUGUUAUUGAUGAUUGCCCUAUCGUAGCACUGAAUCCUAUUCAAUUUUCGCAAGUGGAACGUAUUUUUCCGACUACGCUUUGUUCUCUAGGUUUACUUGUUCGACCAAAUCAAGCUUCCAGCUCUAAACAAACUACAACUUCAACUGCUCCUGCCACUGUACCACCUGAUUUAUCUAUCCGUCAUGGCCCCAACAAAAACUCAAAAAUUAGCAAGAAACCAGAAGCAAAACCAGCAUUUCCUAUACCCAACAUUGCCGAUCGAGUGCGCCUCACCCCACAUUCUGGAGUCCCGGUCGGCUUUAUCUAUUUACCUGUAAAAUUUAGGCAGAAGUGGUUCUCAAGCCUCGCCGUUGGUCUUGACCUACGAUCCUCCUUCCGACUUGAUCAAGCUGGGGAUUAUGAAUAUGUCAGGAUUGGGCCUUCAAAAGACGCGUCUUCUGAUAUGAGCCAGUCAGAUUUAAAUGAGGCCGUCCUACCUGAUAAUCAACAAUCCACCAGAAACAAGUCUGAAGAGAUUCUACUGCUUGGGUUUUCAGAACACUUGGAUUUUUGUGAGCAGUAUUUGCAGAACAGUCUAGCUGCUGCUCACCUCUUUACCCUAGGUAACUAUAGAACAGGGAACCAUAAUCUUGCUGGACUCAUGAUUCGUGGCUCAUCGGGAUCAGGCAAAACAUCUCUAGUCAAAACUUUGAUUGAAAGAGUCUAUUUAGAUCCCAAUGCGAUGAUGUAUUGUCGUUACAUCGACUGUGGUAAACACGUUGAUGAUCGACUGAAUGUGCUCAAGUCGAACUUCACGGAAUGGUUUGAUGAUGCCGCAUGGCAUUCACCUUCUGUACUUGUCCUAGAUGACCUGGAUCAGCUUUUACCCGCAGAACCUGAGCAUAUCGAUUCAUUUCGGUAUCGACAUCUAGCUGAAGAAUUCUUGUCGAUUGCGAAAGCGGCAACCAAAGACAAGCUGGUUAUCUUGGUUUCAACUUGCUCUAGUUCAGUGUCGAUCCACAACUUAUUACGCUCCGAAACCCACAUAUUCUCCGAAGUUCUGGAGCUAAAGGGACUUAGUCGAACCAGUCGGCGAGAGAUCCUCACCGAAUUAAUCAAACUCAAAGCUGCAAAAUCUGGUCUGGAUAUCAGUCGCAUCAAGCCUGAUACACUGUCUUCAGAGAAGACUGAGGGAUACCUGCCGUCCGAUUUGAAAGACUUGGUCGAUAGAGCUGUUCACCAAGCUAUCAUCAGAUCAUUGAGAACCACCCCUCGAGAGCCUUCCAAACCAAUUUCCUUGGAGUUGUCAGACUUUGAAAGCGCCCAAUCCGGUUUCGUCCCAAUUUCAUUGAGGGAUGUCAAGCUACAAAAGUCUACGGUAAACUGGUCUGAUAUUGGAGGCUUGGUUGAAACUCGCAGAAUUCUUCGCGAAACUUUAGAAUGGCCGACGAAGUAUCCCUCAAUCUUUGCCAAUUGUCCUCUCCGAUUGCGUUCAGGAUUAUUGCUAUAUGGUUAUCCAGGGUGUGGCAAAACGUUAUUGGCUUCUGCGAUUGCAAAAGAGUGUGGCUUGAAUUUCAUCAACAUCAAGGGUCCUGAAUUAUUGAAUAAGUAUAUCGGUGCAAGCGAGCAAAGCGUUCGGGAGUUGUUCGAUCGAGCACAGGUGGCCAAGCCGUGUGUAUUGUUCUUCGACGAGUUUGAAUCAAUCGCACCAAAAAGAGGUCAUGAUUCGACCGGGGUCACUGAUCGCGUAGUCAAUCAGCUUCUGACUCAGAUGGAUGGUGCAGAGGGUCUCGAAGGAGUAUACGUAUUGGCGGCUACUUCCAGGCCCGAUUUGAUCGAUCCCGCAUUGCUCCGUCCUGGUCGUCUGGACAAAAGUCUGCUAUGUUCAAUGCCGAAAGUCGAAGAGAGGCUCGACAUAUUGAAGGCAGUUUCGCGUGCAUUACCUCUUGAUGGUGACUUGUGCUUCGAGGAAGUGGCGGAGCUGACCGAAGGAUUUACAGGGGCCGACCUUCAAGCCUUGAUCUACUCUGCCCAUCUCGAAGUCGUCCAUGAAAGUAUAAAUGCGAAGACCAAAUCGAUCGAAGGAAAGCAUCAUGAGGGAUACCAAAACAAGAAUCAAAGCCAUAAACUCCGUUGGACAGAAAUCCAACCCCAACAACCUGGCUUGUUGAAGACCACUGAAGGAGCUGUCAGGAGUCUAGCCGAAAAGGAAGCCAUCAGGAAAAGACUUGAAGAAGUCCUAGAAAAUACAACUGCUGAUAAAACGCUGGCUGGCGAAUCAGGCCACAAAGACAUGCCAACACAGAGCCCCUCCCUGAACUUAAUAGAAAUGCGACAUGUGCGCUCGGCUCUCCGGAACGCACGACCUAGCGUCCCGGCAAAGGAAUUGGCACGUCUGAGUAAAAUCUAUCAAAGCUUUGUGUCUUCAAGAUCUGAUGGUGGUUUGCCUGGCGGAGAAGCUAGUGAAGAAAUUGGUGGCAGGGCUUCAUUAAUGUGAAAAGACAAUUAUUCAACAUCAAUAAGUGUAUGAUCUGUUAUCUUUAUUCUUCCCUUAAUUUCCCUACUAAUCAAUGUUAUAACACUUUCUUACAAGAAAAGAAUAAAUGAUUUCUAUUGAUAUCAUAUAAAUAAUGAACAUCAUAAGUAAUUAAUAUUAUACUUA